AUGAAGAGAAAUAGCCUUCCCUUCUGCUGCUGCUUCUCCCUUUGGUUGGUUUUCACAGCAGUGAUACUUCAAGGUGUGGAGUCUGCACAAGGAAAAUAUGCUCAAAUGCUAUUCAGUGAACUGUUUGAAGACUACUCAAAUGCUCUGAGACCAGUGGAAGACACAGAUAAAGCAUUGAAUGUCACUCUUCAGAUCACACUGUCCCAAAUUAAAGAUAUGGAUGAAAGAAACCAAAUUUUGACUGCGUAUUUAUGGAUUCGACAAAGUUGGUAUGAUGCAUAUCUCAAGUGGGACAAAGAUGAAUAUGAUGGGUUGGAUUCUAUCAGGAUUCCUAGCAAUCUGGUAUGGAGACCAGACAUUGUCCUGUAUAACAAGGCUGAUGAUGACUUUUCAGAACCAGUGAACACAAAUGUAGUAUUGCGAUAUGAUGGAAAAAUUACUUGGGAUGCACCAGCUAUAACAAAGAGCUCAUGUGUGGUAGAUGUAUCUUAUUUUCCCUUUGAUGACCAGCAGUGUAACCUUACCUUUGGUUCCUGGACCUACAAUGGUAAUCAGGUAGACAUAAUCAAUGCUUUGGACAGUGGAGAUCUAUCUGACUUUAUAGAAGAUGUGGAGUGGGAGAUUCAUGGAAUGCCAGCUGUUAAGAAUGUAAUCACAUACGGCUGUUGCUCUGAGCCGUAUCCAGAUAUUACAUUCACACUGAUCUUGAAAAGGAGGUCUUCCUUCUAUAUAUUUAACCUGCUGCUCCCUUGUGUUUUGAUCUCUUUCCUGGCCCCACUGGGAUUCUACCUUCCUGCAGACUCUGGGGAAAAAGUGUCACUUGGUGUUACAGUUCUGCUUGCUCUAACGGUAUUUCAGCUAAUGGUUGCAGAGAGCAUGCCUCCUUCUGAAAACGUGCCUUUGAUAGGCAAAUAUUACAUAGCAACUAUGACAAUGAUCACAGCAUCCACUGCACUGACCAUCAUUAUAAUGAAUAUCCAUCACUGUGGAGCAGAAGCCCAACCUGUUCCACAGUGGGCCAGGGUGGUUAUUUUGGACUACAUGUCAAAGAUCUUUUUUGUUUAUGAUGUGGGUGAAAAUUGUACAAGUCCACAAAGAGCGAAAGCAGAAGAACAUAAAUUAAGAGAGGAUUUUAAGUAUCAGAAAAAGCAGGACAGACACAGGGUGGUGACCAGUCAACUUUCCAGGAAUAGAAACAAUGACACUGACCUAAAGAAAAAGCUGAAUGUUCAUUUAAAUAACAGCAAUGGAAUUCAAUGUGAAAAUGCUGAGGAUGCUGUUAAUUGCUGCUCCUGUUAUAAAGUACUGAUAAAGAAUAUUGAGUAUAUUGCUAAUUGCGUUAGAGACCAUAAAGCAAACCGCGCUAAAGGAAUUGAGUGGAAAAAGGUAGCAAAAGUGAUGGACAGAUUCUUCAUGUGGAUUUUUUUUAUUAUGGUCUUUUUCAUGAGCUUCCUGAUUAUUGGCAAAGCAAUUUAA